UCUGUCUCUUUCCUUCUGCCUCCAAAAACUUCCCUCUCUAUUUUGUGCAAGUGAAGCUGCUGCAACCUCUCUCACCCAUAAACAAAUCUCUUUCCUCCAAACCCAUUUGCCUUGACCCAUUUGGUUCACAGAGAGCUUUGUUUGAUAUGCUUUAAACCCCCAACAGUUUAUCUCAAGUCUACUACAUAAAGACUGGGUUUUUAUUCUUUGGGUUACAGAGGAAAAGGAUGUCUCUUUCUAGGCUUGGGGUAAGGAAUGUGUACGGUACGAGUCAACAAGCCGAGUUUUAUGGAAAUGUCGAUCGUGAAGACCCCGAAGCGAUUCUCAACGGCGUUGCAGUCUCUGGUCUCAUCGGUGUCUUGCGUCAGCUUGGUGAUCUCGCUGAGUCUGCAGCAGAGAUAUUUCAAGGCAUACAAGAGGAAGUUAUGGCCACAGCUUCAAGAAGCAAUCAGUUGAAGAUGAGGUUGCAGCAUAUAGAAGCUACAGUGCCUCCACUAGAAAAGGCGGUGCUUGCACAGACAACUCAUUUACAUUUUGCAUACACAGGAGGUGUGGAGUGGCAUCCUCGUAUCCCACAUGAACAUAAUCAUUUUAUACACGACGACUUGCCUAACUCUUUUAUGGAUCACUAUGAAGAGUGCAGGGAUCCUCCACGGCUGCACAUGCUUGAUAAGUUUGAUAUAAAUGGUCCUGGAUCUUGCUUGAAGCGAUACUCAGAUCCUACUUAUUUCAGAAGAGCAUCAAGCAGCCUGGUUAAAGGAAACAACAAGUUCCAAAACAAUAACAUGAGUUGUAAAAUUAAGAAGAAAAGAUCUUCGUCAAGGAGUCGAGAUAUGUCACGUCUGGCUUCAAUGGCUAACCAGAAUGCUAGGAAGACGUUUACUUUAAUUAGCUUCAGUGGACAAACCUCUUCUUCUAUAUCUGCCUCAACCAGUGACAUGGAGAAAAGAUCUGAUCUCCAAGAUCAUCAUUCUCACACUUAUGAUUGCCUUUCAACGGCAACCUCUUCACUGAAGACUGGAGAAAAAACGAAAGGGGGGUUAGUUUCAUCCAGCUUGACACCGGGGCCUUGCACCAUAGGUUCAGUACUCUCUGAAUGUGAAACCGAAGAUGAACAUGAUAAUUUACAGUUUACUCCUUUGCAAGGGCAAGCUGCUGCUGGCUCUUCUUGCGUUAGUUGGGAUGAGAAAGAAGAGAUAGUGGAAGAACCUCUUGGUGUGCAGACAGAUGAAGCAUCUGUUGUGGAUGCACUAGUUGAGAAAGCAAGCUAUGGAGAAGGCACUGGUAGAGUUGAUAUUGAAAAAGCGGAAUCAGAACCAGGACUGCAACAAAGUAAUGGGAUUGAUGAGGUAAGGGAGAUAAAAGCUGGUUCGGAGAUUGUGAGAGAACCGAGGGAUAGUAGUGAACAUGAGACUGAAAGCGAAGGGGAGUGUUUUGUUGAUGCGCUUAACAGUAUUGAAUCGGAAUCUGAAAACGAGCAAGGUCUCAAAACUAGUCUAGAAGCAGUGAGCAUUCCAUGUGGUGUUACAGGUGAGAGGUUGGAGAAGAGUUCCAACAAAGUUGAAGAGUCUUGUAGAUCGAUGGACAACGGUUAUUUAAAUGCAGCUGAUGAAAUGAAUCAUCAAGAUCCAUUGGAGAGUGAUAAUAGAAGCCGUUCACCGCGCAAUGAUGUUUGUACAACAAGUAACAUUACAAGUGGAGAAGAUAAAAUCGGUUUUACAGUUGUUCCGGCUCCUGAGAACAGUUUAUCUGAUUCAUCAAACCCCUUGUGUCAUAGUGAACAUCAAAAGUCAGAAGCUAAGGUUUCUGGUGAAGUUGAAGCAAUUAAAAUAUGGACUAAUGGGGGUCUAUUGGGACUGAACCCAUCGAAACCUCCAGUCUUGGAAGUGCCAAGUCUGGAUUGCAAGACCGAGGAAAGGACACUUGGUUCUGCAGAAGCUGAAAAAGAUAAAUCAGAUGAUCUAGUUGAACAUGUUCUGGAUACUCCAAGCUUAGCAACUCAGAAUCUAACUGUAGACCAGAGAGAGUGCCAUGAGACUUCUUCUUACGGAGUCUUUGGUGGACUAAGCCAAAAGCUAUUCACUAAUAGUUUCCGCAGAAGAGAUUCAUUGCCUCAUGAUAAUAGACAAGCUUUACCAGCAACUAUUCCAGAGAAUGAUGAAGUGACUACAGAGAAGAGCAGGUUUGGUGAGCAAGAUAAGGUUCUCUUCAGAGAAGAAGCUCCUAUUGAUUGGUUUGCAUCGUCCCCACCUCUUCAACACAUGAGAAUAUCUCUCAAUCCCGUUGACAACACCCUUCAGGCGUCAAGGCUGAAGCUGAAAUUUUCAGAUGAGGACAACAACAGCAAUAAUACAUUCCCUUCCUUUCAGUUGCUUCCAGAGGCUGCUACUUCUCUUCUUGAUUCUUGUUCAGACGACGACGACGACGCUUUUUGUAUGACUUCAGACAUUGAUUAUCUUAGCGAUUAUCACUCCUUGUCAGAUUCUGAGCAGUGGGAAGAACCCAAUGAAAGAAAAGAGCAUGAUUCUUUCCAUGAAAGUACGCAUGUAGAUAACAAUGGUGAGCCUUCUUCUCUAGACACUGAAGCGGAAAAUGGUUGUGUGGACUUAAACUUCUCUUACCUCCAGAGUCCUGUUGAGCCUUUACCACCGCCGUUUCCACCUGUGCAAUGGAUGGUUUCUAAAACAGCCUCAGAAACAAUAUCUGAAAACAAAACAACGCAGUCCAUACAACUACAAGACGCUCUCAGGUUUGCGUUUGAGAAGCAUACUUCAUCGUCUAUAGUCAACAAAGAAGAGCCUAACACUGUGGCUUCUGCUCCUAAACCAGAAACUAAGGUCCAUGUGAAGAAUAAUGCGAGGGAGGAAAAACAAAAUGCUAACGAAAAAGAGACUGAUGCUGAUGACUUCUUGCAACAAAUCAGAACACAACAUGUCAACCUGAAACCUGUGGUUAUGACAAGGACUUUAUCUUCUACUGCUGCUGCUGCAACAACUGAUCCUGCAAUAAACAUUAAGAUCAGCGCCAUGUUGGAGAAAGCAAACUCAAUACGCCAGGCUGUAGCUAGCAACGAUGGAGAUGAAAGUGAUACAUGGAGCGAUACGUAAAACCCCUUUUCACCAAAGAAUCCUAUUCAUCUUUGUGAUUUACUUUCUGCGAGCAAUUUUUUUUAUUGUAUCAUAACUAAUGUGUGGAUUGUGUAGAUGAUGAUACGUAAAUUUUGUCGUAGCGUGAUUAUGUAUCUUCAAGAAAAUAAUGUAGUUCAAGAAAUAAAUUUAUAUUAAGAAAAGUGUUAAUUGGUUA